GUGACGCAGCGCCCGCCUUCGGCGCCAUCUUGCCGCCGGCGGGGGGAGCGGAGCACCGUGCCGGGCCGGCCCCGCCAUGCCGCACUACCAGGCCUGGGAGGAGUUCACGCGCGCCGCCGAGAAGCUCUACCUCGCCGACCCCAUGAAGGUGCGGGUUGUUCUCAAAUAUCGACAUUGUGAUGGGAACCUCUGUAUCAAAGUAACAGAUGAUGUAGCUUGUUUGCUGUAUAGAACAGACCAGGCGCAAGACGUAAAGAAGAUUGAGAAAUUCCACAGUCAGCUAAUGCGACUCAUGGUGGCUAAGGAAUCCCGCAGUGCUGCCAUGGAAACAGACUGAAUUGCUGAAAAGAAAAUGAGCGCUCCAGUCAUAUUUCACUGGAAGAAAAUAUCUCUUGGAUUUGAACGAAUACUGGGACAGAAGAUGCUUUUAUGUACUGAAGUAGACUGAUGACAAGUCUGAAGCAUUUUUUUCCCCCCUAGACUCUGCUUCGGAAAACUAGGAAAAGAAAUGCUUUCAAUUGAAAGCUUAUAUUUAUUUUUGGGAAUCGAACAAGAAACUAUUCUUACACAUUAGGUAUGCUAAGAAGACAAGUAAAUAUUUUCAAGCUACAGUACUUUAGUCUAAAUUUGAUGGGCCACAAGCAUAUUUCUGGAAAGUUACUAUAAAAUUUCCUAUAGAUUUCAUUGUGUUCAUAUCUUAUGCUGGUGUAUUCUCACAGUGAGAAGGUUUAUUAACGUGACUAAUACUGUAGCAUGAUGACUGGAUCUAGUAAAUGCUUACAUAAAUGAUAUACUUCAGCGGGGUUUAGAAAAAUUGAUGUUUUCUGAACUGAAAUGUUCAAAUUGCCAAUUUGUAUUAGCACUGUCACUAGCAAGAUUUUUGCUUUUAGUAUUGAUCUUGGUCAUAAGCUGUGCAACAUUAUCUGUGAUGCAGUCUGUAGAACUGUUAUAUAGGCUAAAUAAUUAAACUUCUGUAUUGUAAAAAUUAAAGUAAAGCUUCUCUUUACUAUUGCUAGAGAUCAGUGAGAAACUGGGAGUUUCUUUCCUGCUUAUGCAAAUACUGUUAUUAAAAAAUAGUCAGUGGCUUUUUUCAUACUUGAACUAUUUUAUACUAGCAGGGGGAACUUUUCUCAUCCUUGCUUCAGGCAGAGUUGAACUUUAUCAGCAAGACAAAUUCUAGAAGUUCUUGCCUAUUAUGUUAAUAGAAAAAAAAAAAUGCAACCAAAUGCUACCCAGAGUCCUUAUUUUAGCAGCUUGCUAACUGUGCAUUUUCAGAUGUUACACAUGGAUGUAAGCCAGCUGAAUAAAUGGAUGAAAACCAGCUCAAUAAAUACUUAAAUACCACUGUCAAAACCAGACCAGUGCUCCUGUGGCUUAGACUUGUUUCUCAUUGUUACCUCUGGUGGGGUGAUGGAAGCCUUAAUUGUCUUUUACAAAGGCUUUUUUGCUUGAAAACCCAGUAGCUGAAAUUGAUACUUGCUUUGACUAGAUCUCGCAUACUUAAAACCAGAUGAAUAUUUUAAUGUAAUUAUGCUGUUGGUAUAACUAGGCUUUCCCAGGACCGAUGUUUUGGGUUAAACCCAGCCACCAAAGCAAAGCAGAGCUGCAAAUACUUGUCUGUAGUUGCAUUUAUAUAUAACAAAACAAUCUACUUAAAUAGCUACCUGCUGUCACUUAUAUAAAAAUAAUUGAGCUCCUCAGAAGCCAUGGAGUUCCCACGUUUGCCAUGGGCUCAGAAAAAAAGCCUGGGCUUGAACAUUGCAUUAGCGUGCCCUUUCAGCUGAAUAUAUAAUGUUGCAUAUUGUUGGAAAAUACUGCAGUGCUAAAUUCCCAGUGGCUACUCACAUUCUAGUCUACGGAGUGACUGGUACAUAUGUAACGUUUUUGUAUUGGCUUUUGAAAUACAAAUAAAUCUAGAGAGAAGGCU